AUGGAGGAGUUUUCGGAGGUGGAGACCUCGUUCGGGCUUCUCGACGGGGAGAGGUCGCCUGAGCACCAAGGCGACGCAGACCGGCGCAGGAGCGGUUCCAGACGGCUUCCUGAGUACAACGAAACUCGUCAGGAGAUCUUCACCGUGCGGAAGGCAGACGUGGGUGUGAAGUACGCAAGAGCCAGCCCGGAGAAACCAGCGAAGGCGCAGCAGCUCGUAGAAGGGACAAUGAAUGCACACAACAGCAAGACCUCGGGCGUGAAAUCUGAAGACAACGGUCCAUCACGAAACCAGCACGACCAUAUUGAGGUGACUGAGGUUUCGGAAGUCAAAACAGUCAAAAACCAUUGUCAAUUCAGGAUUACAAACGUCGCCAACGAAAGGAAGGCCGAAAGUCGCGAGGGAGACGCCCAUCCGCGACCACGAGGAAAAAAGAGAAGCCCAGCAAAGAGGGCGGCGAGGGGGAGGGACGAGGAGGAGGCAGAGAUCUGGAACGACCAGACGUGCCGAGGAGCAGCGCGUCACCCACAUGCCUCCUCGGCCCGACUCCUCGACCUGGGGGGCGGGUCCCGGCCGAACAGCAGACAAGAAGCGCCGCAGCGCUACCGGCAACGCCUCGACUCUUACCAGCAGCACCAGCAGUCAUGGGCCAGUACCAGUACUCGCACGGAAGCUCGGCAACGAAUCUCACCAGUCAGGCCACGCACCACAGCGGUGAGCGCGAACCCAAGCCAGCUGAACCACCACACAGGAAAACCAAGACGCUUCCCGACCGCUUCGCACGGACAACGAGAACGAGCACAGCAAGACGCGCAUCAUCUACAUUGUCCCGCAGCCGCUGCGAGCACCACCGGCCCAGUAGCACCGAGGCCGCAGCAGCAACCGGCAGCGCCACGGCAGCACCACCUGAGGCCGCCAGGACCAGGCUGCCGGGCGCUUCCGGCUCCAAACAGGCGAACAGCGAAUCCGAGCCCAGAGGAAGGGCGGCGCCUCCAAGAUAAACUACCGUCCGUCGAGGUCGCCACUCGGAAGUUGGUGAAAUGUCUUACGCCGAGUCCCAAGUACUUCCUUCCAACAGAUCCCUACAACCACCGGCGGUACUGA